UUUUCGUGCGCUUAGUUCCGCGCCGGGUGCCACGUCAGUCGCAUCGACUUGAGUUCGCGCGCGCGCGCGUGCGUUUUGAAAAAACUCAAGCAGGACUUUCUCAGCCGCAUCUCUUUCUGCCUCCAUCACGGUCUCUCUCGUGGCGUCGCGACAGAAAGGGGAGAGAGAGAGAGAGAGAGAGAGAGAGAGAGAGAGAAACGCGAAGUAAGCGACGGACGAAGGGGGACUCUGUCGUGCGCUCAGAGAACGGACGAACGAAUCUUGUCUCGCGUGUGCUGUGGUGGCGACGGCGGAGGUGGACGACGACACACAAGGAGCGUCGCGGAGGCGGGCUGAACGUCAUCUCGGAUUGGCGCAGCGGCGCCAACGCGUUCGCGUGAUCUGAAUCACACCGGUGACAGGACAACUGCGUUGUCGUCAUCGCUCGCUUUUCCCGGACGAUACGCGGCGUGUGUGGAGACGCGCGAAAAGAGAGAGAAAGGGGAGGAAAGAAGCAGCGAAAGUCUCGUCUCAAUCGGACCUGCUCUCUCGCUCAUUUAUUCAGUCACCUGUAGGCUGCCAGCCGGCCAGCCAGGGCAGUCCGGCAGUUUCGGACCGAAGCAACCGCCGGAGCGAAACUCCACGGACGCCACCAUGUGCUGUGUGUGUGUACGGUGCAGUGUGUUGGUGCUACCUUAGUGAUAACGAUAUCUCCCACCUCCGCGAAGCGUACACAAACUAGCCGUCGCGUUAUCAGCCGGGGAUUGCCGCCGGAGAUAAGGACGGAGGCAGAAGAAAAAGAAGAAGAAGAAGAAGAGGAAGAAGAAGAAGAAGGAAGAAGAAGAAGAAGAAGAAGAAGCAGUUACCCCUCGUGAUCCGCCGAUCAGACCAGGAUUACCUAUGAUCCCGUCGGGCGUCGCGAGGACGACGACGCUCCCGGAAGAGAGGCGCUUUUGGCAGCGGUCCUAAUCUCCUCCCCUGCCCUGCCCUCCAGCGUUCUCUCUUUCUCUCUGUUCCGCCCUCCUUCCGUCCCUCUCUUUCUCUCUCUCCUUCCCCCUCUUCCCUUGCCGCCCGUCGUCGUUCUUCUUGGACGAGCGACGACGCACCGAGAUCUCGGACACGAUGGACAUGAGCAGCGAGUCGAGCACCGCUCGGUGGUACGAGCCGCCUAGGUCGUCGCUGGAGCCGCCUUCGGGGGGUGCCGGGGUGACCGGGGUGGUCGGCAACCCCAGCGACUACAGGGGUUACUACCCCCACGCCGGCCCGACGGCGCACCACCCCGCGGCACACUACGCCCACACGAGGAUGUCGAGCAGCGGCGUGUCGAGCGGCCCGGUGAGUCAAGUCUGCCGGCCGCACUUUCACAGCUCGGUGCUCCACCCGUGGCUGUCGAGCAGUAGCGCGGACACCUCCAAGACACCCUGGGGAUUCCCGGCGACCACGACGACCACGGGCGGCGGCGUGAGCGACGAGAAGCCGCAGAGUCCGCUGGGCUCGUCGUUGCCGGCGACCACCGGCGGCAGCCUGUCGAGUCACGGUGGCGCGGGACACCACCUCUUCUCCUUCCCGCCGACACCGCCCAAGGACGCCACGCCCGACAGUAUAACCGCCAGCACGACCUCCAGCACCAACAACAACAACUCUACGAGCGCCAACAACAACAACAACAGCGGCAACCCUCUGUCCGGCCUCGGCGGCGGCACCACCAGCGAGUACCAAGCGGCGGUGGCGCACGUGGCGGCGAUGGGCGCCUUCAUGCACCACCAGGACGCGCUAGGCGCGUCCGGUGCCGGUUCCUGCGACAUCAAGCCGACGGUGAUGCUCGGCCACCAUCACGGAGCACCGUCGCCGCCGCAUCAGCAGCACAACGGCACCAACAACGGCAGCAACGGGCCGACCGGCACGAACGGCUCGUCCGGUCAGGUGAAGCAGCGAGAAGGUAAUAACCAGUCCGGCAAUGUCACGGCCGGCAGCCAACAGGCGAGCGCCACGCAACAGCAGCAGCAACAGCAGCAGCAGGACGCGUAUCAGAGCAACAACGGUGUGCCCGCCGGCGGCGGCGGCGGUGGCGGCGGCGGUGGCGGUAGUAGCGGAGGCGGUGGCAACGGUGGAGGCGGCAGCGGCGGCGGCGGUGGCGGCGGCGGCGGCGGCGGCGGUGCGGUGUCACCCUGCAGGGAGAGCUACGCGGCCGUGGCCGCGGCCGCGGCGGCGGCCGCGGCGGCGUCCAACAGCCACCAUGCCACCGGCUCGCAGUACGACCCCGCCGCGUCCGCCUACAACAUGUACCAGCACCUGCAGUAUCCCUCCUCCACCCACCACCACCAUCAUCAUCAUCAUCACGGUGUCACCGCCGCGUCGUCGUCGUCCUCGGCCGCGGCCGCCGCCGCCGUCGCCGCCGCGUCGUCCCACAAUCCGCACAACGGCGGUGCCGUCGCCGGUAUUUUCGGUCACCACGCCGCCGGUGCCGCCGGUAACGCGACCGGCGUAACCGGCGUCGGAGGCGCCGACACCAAGCUGUUAGUCGGUCACGCGGCCGCGCACGGGAACACGCCGGGCUCGCCGUCUGCGCAGCAGCAGCAGCAGCAAAAGCCGAGGAACAAGUCGAGGACGUCCGCCGAGGGCCGCGAGUGCGUCAACUGCGGCGCCACGUCGACGCCGCUCUGGAGACGGGACGGCACCGGCCACUACCUCUGCAACGCCUGCGGCCUUUAUUACAAGAUGAACGGCCAGAACCGACCCCUCAUCAAGCCGAAACGACGCCUUUCGCUGCAGAGCGCGGCGAGGCGGGCGGGCACCAGCUGCGCCAACUGCAAGACGGCGACCACGACCCUCUGGCGGAGGAACCAGGCCGGCGAGCCGGUCUGCAACGCUUGCGGGCUUUACUACAAGUUGCACAACGUGAACCGGCCGCUGACGAUGAAGAAGGAGGGCAUUCAGACGAGAAACAGGAAGCUCUCGUCCAAGAGCAAGAAGAAGAAGGCCGGCGGCUGCCUAGGCCUGGGUGUCAUGGGAGACAUGAUCAAGGCCAGUGGACACCUCGAUCUCGAUAACAAAUCCUUCCACUCCGGCUUCGGAGCGCCGAUGGGUACGUCGCAGCAUCAUCACACGAUGCAUCCGGCGAUGCAGCAUUACAUGUAUCACACGGGUGUCGGCGUGGCCGGAGGUCUUCAUCAGGGAUUUGCGCCACCGGCGCCGCCCCCCAUCCACCCGCACUCGCAUUCGCAUUCCCAUUCUCAUCACAUGACGAGUCUUCAGGGUCUGCAGCUGACGACGAACGCGAUGAGCGGCUGGCGAUCGGAGUAUACAUGAAUCGCGAGUGACUAGCAGCUCAGGACGCAGCCCACCACUCCCCCGUUGUAAUGUAAUGAUAAAAA